GACAGAAUAUAUGGCUUUUUUACAUUUUGCGUUUUCAACUGAAGUUUACGAAGAAACUGAAGCGUGGUAAACCACUGAAAUCGAAAAUAUCGACAGAAAAGCAAAGGAAACUCGGUGAAGAAGUCGCACGUUGAUCGUUGUGUUUUUUUCUCGAAAUUUUCUGCAAAAAGCCCGUGCGUGCGUGAGUUUCUCUAGCUCUUCCUUUUUUCCCAUGCGUGUGUGUGGUCGCAUAAAUUUACCGAUAUUUCGCCUGUGAGAGCGAAACGAACGAAAAACGAAAGAGAAAAAAAGAGGCGAGUAAAGUAAAACGAAACAGGCAUAAAAACAGCAGCAGUUUUCUUAAUAUAUUGGGCUAAAAAACGCAAACCAAACAGCGAGCAAGAACAACAAAUAGCUGGUCAAAAACAGGACGCACAAAAAAUAAAAUCAAAACGAUAAGAGGCGAAAAGCGGAGAGAGUGAAAUUCUCGGCAGAAACAACGACAAGAACAACACCAGAAGCAGCAACAACAACAACAACAAAAGCCGCCACAAUGAGCAAAUCACUCUUUGAUCUUCCGUUGACCAUUGACCCAGAACAUGAGUUGCGUUUUGUAGGUCCCUUCACCCGACCCGUCGUCAGAAUCAUGACUCUGCGAAACAACUCGGCUCUGCCUCUGGUCUUCAAGAUCAAGACAACCGCCCCGAAACACUACUGUGUACGUCCAAACAUCGGCAAGAUAACUCCCUUUAGAUCGACCCAGGUGGAGAUCUGCCUCCAGCCAUUCGUCUACGAUCAGCAGGAGAAGAACAAGCACAAGUUCAUGGUGCAGAGCGUUCUGGCACCCUUGGAUGCUGAUCUAAACGAUUUAAAUAAAUUGUGGAAGGAGCUGGAGCCCGAGCAGCUGAUGGACGCCAAACUGAAGUGCGUUUUCGAGAUGCCUAGCGCUGAGGCAAAUGCUGAAAACACCAGCGGUGGUGGUGCCGUCGGCGGCGGAACCGGAGCUGCCGGAGGCGGAAGCGCGGGUGCCAAUACUAGUUCAGCCAGCGCCGAGGCGCUCGAGAGCAAGCUGAAGCUCUCCAUCGAGGAUAAGUUAAAGCCAUCCAAUUUGCUCGAUACGUCUGAGAGUCUGGAGGCGCUGUCCGGAGAGAUCAAUGCGCUGCGUGAAUGCAACAGUGAAUUGCGAAGAGAGAAUCUUCACUUGAAGGAUCAAAUCACACGUUACCGGAGCUCGCCGGCCGUCAAACAGGUGAAUGAGCCCUAUGCCCCAGUCCUGGCUGAGAAGCAAAUUCCGGUCUUUUACAUAGCAGUUGCCAUUGCUGCGGCCAUCGUUAGCCUCCUGCUGGGCAAAUUCUUUCUCUGAAUGCCAUAAACGAACGCCAGCAACAUGCUACAUGCAACGUGCAGCAACAGUAACAGCAAGAACAGCGGCAACACCAUCAUACAGCAACAACAAAAGCAGCAGCAACAGCAGCAACUAACAACAGCAACCACAACGAAAGAAGAACAGCAGCAGCAGGAGCAUUAAAAUAUCCUUAAUUGGCAGAAGAAGCAAACCACAGAGACGAAUGUAAAGCUGACUAAACCCGGGGACCGUAUACAUUUAAACGGUUGUAUUAAAAAUCAAAAAUAAUCAUUGUUUGUUAGCGAAACAAGUAUCGCUCAGAAUAGUAUGGAUUAUAAUGUGAGAAAUGUUGUUUGGUUCCAAAAAAUAUUGCUCAAAGUCAGAUUGCAGUUCUUUUUUAAUACGAAUCAUAACAAGACUUAAGUGUAAAGCAUCAUUUUAAGCUGUAUUAACGCUUCGUGUAUUUCAACAAAAAAUAUUUAAGUUUUUGCAAGAUUUCGCUUGAAUUGGUCGCAACCGGACUUUGAGUAAUAAGAACAUUUGGGCCCUAUAAAAUCCCUCACAUCAUAAUCAAUACUUAAAAAAAGAAAACAUAACGAAUGAUUACUUUUGGUACCUGGGCUAAACAAAAAAAAAAAAA